UCCAAAUGGGAUGAGACUAAGUCGACCGUAGAGGGCGCCGGUGCUAUUGACCUACUCGUCAAUAACGCCGCCUUUGCCGCCCUAACACCGUUGGGUACUAUCGAUGAGGCGAUUAUCGAUAAACAUUUCGACAUAAACGUCAAGUCCGUCAUAAACAUCACCCAAAUCGUGGCCACGGGUAUGAAGUCCCGCGGGACGGGCGGGGCUAUAGUCAACGUGUCAUCGGUGGCCGGUAUGAUAGGCAUUAGGGACCACUUGGUAUACGGGGCCACCAAAGGGGCACUGGACCUCAUGACCAAAGUGUGGGCCCUGGAGCUGGGCCCGCAUAACAUCAGGGUCAACUCGCUUAACCCCACUGUGACCCUGACGGAAAUGGGUGAAGUGGGCUGGAGUGACCCGGCUAAACGUGACCCGUGGUUGGCUCAGCACCCGAUGCAAAAGUUUUGUAAACCUUCCGAUGUGGCCCACACUGUACUAUACCUGCUGAGCGAUAAGGCCGAUAUGGUGACCGGGGUCAUUAUGCCCAUUGAUGGCGGGCUUACUUGUGUGUAGUAGAUAAUUUUAUAAAAGUUAUUUUUACUUGCUAAUUUACUCUCAUUUAAAAUAUCAAUUGCGAUAUUAAGAAUAACCAAUACGUAAUAGAUUGCAUUUAUUUUUAAACUAGCCAAUAACAUAUUAAUAUUAAUUUACAGUUUUUGUAACUAGAAUGUAGCCUAAAAUAAACAUACUUGUAUUCAAGUUUAACUAUCUAGAUUAAUUGAUUGUAAAAAUUUAAACUUAUUUUUUAAAUCUAAUUAUCUAAUGCGGGUUCAUCAAUAUAAUCUGAAAC